AUGGAGACCAUUCGAUCAACCUUCCCAAUUUUCCAAACCAACCCAGUUUUCCUCACUCCCAAGCCUCUUAAACCCUUCAAGGUUUCCAUCAAACCUCCACCACCAGACUUCAAUUUCAGGUCAGAAAUUUCAGACCACUCAAAGGCCACAAUAGCCAAAACUCACCCUGAGUUGCUUGAUUUGGCUGAAAAUGGGACCUUGUUCUUCAUCGACAAGAGCCGGUUUGGUCCAGUUCCGGCCUGGAGGACCGAGUUCGUCGAACCGGAGGCCAUCUGGUUAGUUGGCACCACUCAUAUUUCUCAAGACUCUGCUCUGGAGGUUGAGCGCGUUGUCCGGGCAGUGAAGCCAGACAAUGUGGUGGUUGAGCUCUGCAGAAGCAGGCAAGUUACUUGGAAAUUAACGUUAAAGCAGCCCAAUUUCAGAGCUGGGAUUAUGUAUGCUAAUGCCUCCAUGGAUGGUGAGGCAGGCCAACAAUUAAGGUCAAAUAUGUUCUCUUUGACUGGAACUGGGUUUUUUGGCGCCGUUGGUCGGAGCAUAAACUUAGGGGGUCAAACUGCUCUGGCAUUGCGAGUACUUUUGGCGGUUUUCUCAUCAAAGAUCUCGUCAGAUACCAAUCGUCCUUUCGGUGAUGAGUUCCGUGCUGCUCGAAAGGUCUCUGAAGAAGUUGGUGCUCAAAUAGUUCUGGGGGACCGGCCGAUUGAAAUAACUCUUGAAAGGGCUUGGAAUUCUCUGAAUUGGACAGAGAAACUGAGCUUGGUGGCCUCAGUUGUUCGCGGGAUAACCUCAACAUCUGAUAUGUCCCAAAAGAAUCUCAAGGAAUCAAGUGCAAGUGAUGAUGGCACAUUUCAGCUUUAUGAGCAGCUAAGUUCUUCAUAUCCUUCACUCCUCCAGCCUCUGAUACAUGAACGAGACACUUACCUUGCAUGGUCUCUAAAGAGGAGCAAAGCUGUGAAUAAGAGUAAGAGAGUGGUGGGGGUUAUUGGAAAGGGACACAUGAAUGGUGUAAUAUAUGCAUUGCUAGCUGACCUGGGAGAUCUGCGGUUUAGGGACCUUGUAGGACAGAGGCCUUCAAGUCAAGGUACCGAUGCUAGUUCUGAUGGCAGAUGGGUUGUCAAAUUGGCCCAGGACUUGGUCAGAGACACUGUCAUUGGCACCCUCCUGUGGGCAUUAUAUGAGCAGAUAAAAGGUGGGUUAUAG